UAGCCAGUCUGAGGCCUCCGACAGUAACCAGCAGCUACAACACGCCAUGGAGGAGAGGGCUCAGCUGGAGACCCACGUAGGCCAGCUGCUGGAGUCGCUGAAACAGCUCCAGAUGGAGAGAGACCAGUAUGCAGAGACCCUGAAAGGAGAGAGUGCCAUGUGGCAGCAGAGGGUGCAGCAGAUGGCAGAGCAGGUGCACACACUGAAGGAAGAGAAGGAACACAGAGAAAGUCAGGUACAGGAGUUGGAGGCCAGCUUGGCGGAACUCAGGAGUCAGACGGAGGAGCCACCACCCCCACAGCCUCCAGCUGGGCCCUCCGAGGUGGAAGAGCGGCUGCAGGGAGAGGUUGAGCAGCUGCAGAAGGAACUGGAGAAGCUGACGGGCCCAGGUACAGGACAACGAGAGCCUGAGCCUCCUGAACCGGGAGCAGGAGGAGCGGCUGCUGGAGCUGGAGCGGGCCGCAGAGCGCUGGAGUGA